AUGCGAAGCCGAAACGUGACAGAAUUCAUGGUUGUGUUUGUGCCUGAAGUUGAUAAGAGCGAGUUGUAUGAUGUCGUCCUCCCCAAGGUCACCACCUGCAUUUUCCACCACGGUGUGAACCGUCUCGAAUCUUUCGCAAUUCAACCUGAAAACCCUAAAACAAGAAGAAAGCGAGUCCACUAUUCGGGUGGUCUCACCCCAAUGAAAGCAAAAGUGUUGAAAAAUUCUCCCCCAAAACGGACCGCUCGAGCGGUUACGCGGCGUGUAGUGGCUCAAGGCUUUGGCCCACGACUCGCACAAUGCGAUAUCCUCUUUUUCGGUCCAAUGAAUGCUACGUAUUUGAAAAUGUCAAGCGUUACAACACCAGUAGGUAUUGAUCUUGGAACAACGUACUCAUGUGUUGCAGCCUGGUUUGAUCAACACGACCGUGUUGAGAUCUUCCCUAAGGAACAAGGUUACAUGAUUACUCCAUCGUAUGUGGCUUCUAACGGCAGAGACCUUUUAGUAGGUGAGAGUGCUAAAAACCAAGUCACCAGAAAUCCCACUCGAACUGUUUUUGAUGUUAAGCGUUUAAUGGGAAGCAGAUUCAGUGAUACCAGAUUGCAGCAAGACAUACAAUCAUGGCAUUUUAAGGUAAUCAAAGGAUCUAAUGAUAAGCCGGUAAUUGUACUUGAACACAUGGGUGUAGACAUGGAGUUUUCACCUGAAGAAAUAUCUUCCAUGAUUCUAAAGAAGUUGAAAGAGGCUGCGGAGGCAUUCCUACGAACCACUGUUAGAGAUGCAGUGAUUACCGUUCCUGCAUAUUUCAGUGACAAGCAACGACAAGCAACAAAGGUUGCUGGUACACUGGCUGGCCUCAACGUUAUGCGCUUGAUCAAUGAGCCCACAGCAGCUGCAAUUGCCUAUGGUCUAGACAAGUUUUCCGACCCAGACCACCCAAAUCAGAAGAACGUUUUCAUAUUUGAUUUGGGUGGAGGGACAUUUGACGUGUCACUUCUCACUAUUAGUAAGGACGGAACCAUACGUGUUAAAGCAGUGGGGGGUGACACUCAUUUGGGUGGAGAAGAUUUUGACAAAACAAUGGUUGAUUAUUGUGUACAAGUAUUUAAGAAAAGGCAAAACAAGGAUAUCAGUGAAAAUGCAAGAGCAAUGGCGAGAUUGAAAGUUGCAUAUUGCUUGUAUGAUGGGAUUGAUUUUUCAUUAAAGGUUACUCGGGUGAAGUUUGAGAAGCUAAAUGCUUGUUUUUUUAACAAGUUUAUCGAGCAUGUGGAAAAUUGUUUAAGGGAUGCGAAAAUGCAAAAAAAUAAUGUUGAUGAUAUAGUCCUUGUUGGUGGGUCAACAAGGAUUCCCAAAAAUAUUAAAGCGGAUGAAGCUGUUGCUUAUGGUGCGGCAUUGUUGGGUGCAAAGUUAAGAGGGAACAACACUAAAGUUGUGAAUGAUUUGAUACUUCUAGAUGUCACUCCUUUAUCCCUUGGUGUCAAAGAGUAUGGAGGACGUAUGAAUGUCCUAAUCCCAAGGAACACACCAAUACCCACAACGAUGGAAAAACUUGCUGUAACAGUGUUCGACAACCAAGUAGGAAUGCAAGUAUCAGUGUUUCAGGGUGAGUACGAUGAAGUGGAAGACAACAUCUUCCUUGGUGAAUUCAUUAUUCAUGGCGUUCCACCAGCCCCUCCAGGUAAGGAAAGAUUGAAGGUUUGCUUUAGCAUAGAUGCCAAUGGUAUUCUUGAUGUCUCAGGUGAGUUGGUAUCUACGGGUGAUAAAAAGAAUCUAGUGAUAACUGAGAGUGGAAGUUUGUCUGGCUAUGACAUUGAGAGGAUGUUGAACACGGUUGAGCUAUGA